AUGGCUGCAGUGAUUGGUUCCAGACUCUGUAAGCACCUGAAGCAGAACACCAGCAUACCACAGAUACACCUUUGGUCAGAUAGUCAGAUUGUGUUGUACUGGCUCCAGACGUCCAAGACACUCCAGCGAUUCGUUAGGAACCGUGAAAUCCACGAGCUGACCGAAAACCGGAAAUGGAGGUAUUGCCCGACGAAGGACAAUCCUGCAGAUUUACUCACCAGUGAAAUUUCGACAUCACACUUCAAAAUCAGUAAUCUAUGGUUCCACGGACCUAAAUGGCUCACUACACCUGACAGUUGGCCAGUUUGGCAAGAAAGAGAUACUUAUGUUACUAUGGCAACGAUUACAGAUCCAGUACUUACUAGCAAAUCGGAAGAUACAGCUUUACCAGUGAACAACAGCAGUUUUGUCGACAUGUCAAGAUUCAGCUCGUUGGCAAAGUUACCCAGAGUUACAGCUUAUGUACUGCGUUUCAUAGAUAACUGUCGAGGCGGGAGGUCCACUGGAAGUCAAGAAACUUUAACUACAGAGGAACUUCACAGGGCAGAGAAGGUGUGCAUACGAAGCUGCCAGAUGUCUAAAUAUCAAGCAGAAGUGAAAGAUAUACAGACCAAGAGAUACAAACUCCCACUAUCUAGACAACUUACAUUAUUUCUCAACAAUGGAAUUUUGAAGUGCCGUGGACGUAUCCACAAUGCACCGCUAGACGAAAUGACAAAGUACCCGUUCCUGUUACCAGCUAAACAUCAAUUCACCAACUUGGUUAUCAAGGAUGCACACUCAAGAUUACUACAUGCCGGCGUUAGUUCAACUAUCACGUUCUUAAGACAGAAGUACUGGAUUCCGUCUAUCCGUCAAAAUGUGAAGGUCAUACUACGUAAAUGUACCUGCUGUAAGAAGAUUGUUGGUAAACCAGCACCUGAUCCACCUCCACUACCAAAGAGCAGAGUUUCUGACGUCAAGCCGUUUACCUACACAGGAGUAGAUUUCACCGGGGCAUUACUGGUUCGAGAUAACAACAGAAACGACGUUAAGGCAACUUAUGCUUGUUUACGUGCGCUACUACGAGAUCAGUUCAUCUAG